UGAAGCUUCCCCGCCCCUCCUGGACCUUGAGCUCCAGGCUACUCUGUUCAGCUCCUAAACAGGUUCAUCUGCUCUCAGCCAAUUUAUGGGUCUGGGACAGGAAGUCUUUAGUCUUUUUUGGCAUGCCUUAUUCCAUGCCUUCCUCACACUACCACUGGCUCUCUUAGCCUUUCAUAAUGGUCCUUCCUUUGCAUCCCUGAGAGAAGCUCCCUGUUGUGGUCUGGAAGCCAUGCCUUCUUUAUCACAAGACCCUUGUUUUUCCUAGUGGGGCCCUUGAAUACCAUGGGAGCCAUGUUGGGAGUGACUUCACCAAAACUGUGGGGCUUCUCCAGCUCCAAGGUGCUCCUGUCUGUUAAGCUACUGCAGGCAACAGAGGACUAGAUAUAUAGCAGGAUGGUGCCCUCCAGGUGCCCAGAGUAUCUCUGGGGGUGGUGGGAGUGGUUAUAAUGAUCCCCUGUAUUUUCCAUGAACUGUAACUACAUACUUUCAUUCUAAGCCUGAAGUCUCACCAGUAAAACAGGAUAAGGCUUACUUCUUGGGGAGUUGAAAGGUUUUAGUGAGAUAAAGUUCGAAACAUAUCUGUCUGGCUCAUAGUAGAUGCCUAAUAAAAUGUUGUUUUUCUCCCAUUUUUCUCUUCCUCCAAAACCCCAACCAAAAUCCAGACCUAAACUCAAGUCUAAACUAAAGCUUUGGUUUCUGAAAGUUACUAGGCACAAGAAGUGUGGAGUACAAACCAGCUCCUUCUGUGACUCUUGGUGACAUUUUGGGCUCUUGUCACUGCUCCUUAUUCCUUGGCCCUCUACCCAACCCCCACCAUGCCCCUUCCCUUGGGUUUCAGGUUUUGUUUUCACAUAGUUUCUGUGGUGUGUAGUUCCAGCUCUUCUCUUUAUCAACCUAAGAAAUUCUUUCUCUUCCAAGACUUUCUUACCCAGAAGUUAGAGGAUGUGAAACAAGGAGAGAUGGAGCAGAAGGGGUAGGGUUGGGCAAGGGCCUUGGAAUAAAACACUCAAAGAAUCUCUUUUUCAGGAGUGUGCAAUGACCAAUCUGGCAGUAGCCCAGUGUCCAUUGUAAGGAGCAACCAGGGAGUAGGAUUUAGUGAGGUCGGGGGAUUGGAGGACACUGAUGGCCAGGGGUACGAUGGGUGGUGGUUUUGGAGGGAAACGACGAAGCCUUCAAACUGGAAAGGGCAUGAGGUGUAGGUAGGUGAGAAUCAUCUUGGGAAUUAAGAACAGGCACCAAAGGAACUCAGAGGUGGGGGGAGGUGUGGAGCGAAAGGCUGGGUUUGUGAAAAGAGGGAUGUGAGGUUGCUCACCUGGGAAGAUAGGAAAUGAGAAGAUGUAGGCGUCUCGCCUUCCCCUUUCACGCGGUCUAGGGACUGUCCUGCAAUCUAGUCUCCUGAAAGCCCCUAGACGUCCCCUGGGGAUGCCCUCCCACUUGCGACUGUGAGGCUGCGGGGAGGGAGGAGCCUGCGGCUGUGGGCGGGUCCUCGAGACCCGCCCCCGCCUUCCCCGCGCGUUUUCGGGCUCUCUCCUCUCUUGGCUCCCCUCCCUUUCGCGCUUGUGCCGAAGGGCGGAGCUGGGCUUGCUCCAUUGUGGAGAGGAGGGGAGAGGCAAGCGGGAGUCCAGCGGAGGCCUCGCAGCCAGCGCGCUUGCCUCCUGGCCGCAGCGGCUGCACCUGGCGGGCCCCGCAGCCGGGAUGCAGCGAGAGCCCGGGGCUAGUGGGCAGCACAGCGGCUCCGGGGACAUGUGCGCUGGCCCAGACCUCCCGCGACCAUGAGCUUGACCGCCCGGGUUUCCUGCUCCAUGCUCAGCUGCUUUGGUGAGGAGGGGCCCCCCAGCCUGGAGUACAUCCAAGCCAAGGAUCUGUUCCCCCCCAAGGAACUAGUGAAAGAGGAGGAGAAUCUGCAGGUGCCCUUCACAGUGCUGCAGGGUGAAGGAGUGGAGUUCCUGGGUCGGGCAGCCGAUGCCCUCAUUGCUAUCUCCAACUACCGGCUGCACAUCAAGUUCAAGGAUUCUGUCAUCAACGUCCCUCUCCGGAUGAUCGACAGCGUGGAGAGCCGUGAUAUGUUCCAGUUGCACAUCGCCUGCAAGGACUCCAAAGUGGUGAGAUGCCACUUCUCCACUUUCAAGCAGUGCCAAGAGUGGCUGUCACGGCUAAGCCGGGCCACAGCGAGACCUGCCAAACCUGAGGAUCUCUUUGCCUUUGCCUACCAUGCCUGGUGCCUGGGGCUGACUGAGGAGGACCAGCACACCCACUUGUGUCAGCCAGGAGAACACAUACGAUGUCGGCAGGAGGCUGAGCUCGCAAGGAUGGGCUUUGACCUGCAGAACGUUUGGAGAGUCUCUCACAUCAACAACAACUACAAAUUGUGUCCCAGUUACCCCCAGAAGCUGCUGGUUCCCGUGUGGAUCACAGAUAAAGAGCUGGAGAAUGUGGCUUCCUUCCGUUCCUGGAAGCGGAUCCCCGUGGUUGUGUAUAGACACCUACGCAAUGGGGCUGCCAUUGCACGCUGCAGCCAGCCCGAGAUCAGCUGGUGGGGCUGGCGCAACGCUGAUGACGAGUACCUGGUCACAUCCAUCGCUAAAGCCUGUGCCCUCAACCCAGGGACAAGGGCCAAUGGGGGCUCCCUCGGCACUGGGAAUAGUGAUGCCAGUGAGGCGUGCGACACCGACUUCGAUGCCUCCUUGACCGCAUGCUCUGGAGUGGAGAGCACAGCGACUCCCCAGAAGCUGCUGAUCCUGGAUGCGCGAUCCUACACAGCAGCAGUGGCUAACCGGGCCAAGGGCGGAGGUUGCGAAUGCGAAGAGUACUACCCCAACUGUGAGGUUGUGUUCAUGGGAAUGGCCAACAUCCAUGCCAUCCGGAACAGCUUCCAGUACCUCCGCGCCGUGUGUAGCCAGAUGCCAGACCCCAGCAACUGGUUGUCAGCAUUGGAGAGCACCAAAUGGCUGCAGCACUUGUCAGUGAUGCUAAAGGCAGCUGUGCUUGUGGCUAAUACAGUAGACCGGGAAGGCCGGCCUGUGCUGGUGCACUGCUCAGACGGCUGGGACCGGACGCCACAGAUCGUAGCUCUGGCCAAAAUACUGCUGGACCCGUAUUACAGAACAUUAGAGGGCUUCCAAGUAUUAGUAGAGUCUGACUGGCUGGAUUUUGGACACAAGUUCGGAGAUCGCUGUGGCCACCAGGAGAAUGCAGAGGACCAAAACGAGCAGUGUCCUGUGUUCCUCCAGUGGCUUGAUUCUGUUCAUCAGCUGCUCAAGCAGUUCCCUUGCCUGUUUGAGUUUAAUGAAGCAUUCCUGGUCAAACUGGUGCAGCACACGUACUCCUGCCUCUACGGCACGUUCCUGGCCAACAACCCCUGUGAACGAGAGAAGCGUAACAUCUACAAGCGGACCUGCUCCGUGUGGGCCCUCCUGCGAGCUGGCAAUAAAAACUUUCAUAACUUUCUCUACACGCCUGGCUCAGACAUGGUCCUGCAUCCCGUGUGUCAUGUCCGGGCCCUGCACCUCUGGACAGCUGUUUACUUGCCAGCAUCGUCUCCAUGCACACUUGGGGAGGAGAACAUGGAUCUUUACCUUUCACCAGUGGCUCAGAGCCAGGAGUUCUCUGGUCGCUCUCUGGAAAGAUUACCUAAAACUAGAUCCAUGGAUGAUCUUCUUUCUGCCUGUGACACAAGCAGCCCUCUGACACGCACGUCCAGUGACCCUAACCUGAAUAACCACUGUCAGGAGGCCAGGGUAGGCCUGGAGCCCUGGCAUGGCAGUCCUGAGGGGUCAGAGACAGCCUUCGUGGAAUCUGGAGUUGGAGGUCCUCAGCAGACUGUAGGAGAAAUGAGUCUUCCUCCCCCUCUGCCCAGCAGCCAGAAAGACUACUUGAGCAACAGACCUCUUAAGAGUCACAAAAGCUGUUCUUCAAGUUACAAACUGCUCACUGCUGCAGUGCCCCAGGAAAUGAAGAGCAACACCUCUGAUCCUGAGAUCAAAGUCCUGGAAGAGACUAAGGCACCAGCUCCAGCCCCUGCUGCCCAGGAUGAGCUACGCAGGACUUUAGAUGGCACAGAGGAGCCACCUGAACAUUGUCCUGAAAAGGAAGCUAUCAGUGCACUCUCUAAAGUCAUUUCCAACAAGUGUGAUAGAAUUUGUGAUUUUCCGGAGUCUUCUCAGGACUCCCUUGCAGGUGCCCCCCAGCAGGCCCAGCUAGAUUCUGUGCUAGGUGUAUCCUUCAGACCUGCUCCAGAUCACAGUCUGGGUACCCUUUGCAACCCACCGAGUGCUACCUGCCAAACUGCUCUAGACCCAAGCACUGACUUUCUCAAUGAAGAUACCCCAGGGUCUGUGGUAAGCAUCUCCCACCAGGAGCAGCCCAGUUCUGUGCCAGAUCUGAUUCAUGGGGAGGAAGAUACUGGCAAAAGAGGGAAUACUAGGACUGGGCAGUUACUGGAAAAUCCUCGCUUUGGGCAAGUGCCAUUGGAUUUGGCCCGAAAGACAGUUUCUCAGAGCCAGAUCAGUGAGUUCUCUUUUUUAGGGUCCAAUUGGGACAGCUUCCAAGGGAUGAUGACUUCACUCCCAAGUGGGGAGACCACCUCUCGUCGGCUGCUUUCUUAUGGCUGUUGUAGCAAGAGGUUGAGCAGUAAGCAGAUGCGGGCAGUGGGGCCCUGCUUUGGGGGCCAGUGGGCUCAGAGAGAAGGGGUAAAGUCACCUCUCUGUUCUAGUCAUUCCAAUGGACACUGUACUGGUCCAGGAGGAAAAAACAACCGGAUAUGGUUGUCUGGACAUCCAAAGCAGGUCUCCAGCACAAAGCCCGUUCCACUGAGCUGCCCUUCUCCAGUGCCUCCUCUCUACCUGGACGAUGAUGGACUCCCCUUUCCCACGGAUGUGAUUCAGCACAGACUGCGGCAAAUUGAAGCAGGGUACAAACAAGAGGUGGAGCAGCUACGUCGACAGGUGAGGGAACUGCAGAUGAGGCUGGAUAUCCGUCACUGCUGUGCCCCUCCAGCAGAGCCUCCCAUGGACUAUGAGGAUGAUUUUACGUGUCUGAAGGAGUCAGAUGGCAGUGAUACAGAAGACUUUGGCUCUGAUCACAGUGACGACUGUCUUUCAGAAGCAAGCUGGGAACCUGUUGAUAAAAAAGAGACUGAGGUGACUCGCUGGGUUCCAGACCACAUGGCAUCACACUGCUAUAACUGUGACUGUGAAUUCUGGUUGGCCAAACGAAGACACCAUUGCAGAAAUUGUGGGAAUGUAUUUUGUGCUGGCUGCUGCCACCUGAAGUUGCCCAUUCCUGAUCAACAACUCUAUGACCCAGUUCUCGUCUGUAACUCUUGUUAUGAACACAUCCAAGUAUCUCGUGCCAGGGAACUUAUGAGCCAACAUCUGAAGAAACCCAUUGCUACAGCUUCCAGUUGAGCGCCAGAGGAGACGGCCUGUCCAGUUGUAGCAGGUUUGAAGGGAGGAUCUGCUUCAGGUGUAGUUUUUGAAGGUUCUUUGGUGUGGCUCAUGAAAUCACAGAGCUCAAAGAUACCAUUUCGAGAAAUCCUCGGUAUCAUGAGACUGGAGCAGAGGAGUUCCAAUUUCACAGAAGGUCCUCUGUGGGUGAGAGACAUCCACCUUGGGGUAAUGGGCCUGAUCCAGACCCAGAGUCUGGAAACUUAAUGUUGAGUUGGUGACUUCAGCUUCUUUCUCUUGGCGGGGGUCACAAGAUAAUGAUUUCAUAGAUACUGCCUAGUAAUGUGUGCCCCAAACAGCAAUAGAAAGGCAUAUGUAUAACCAAACUCCAAGUGAUAACCAGAUCCAUCUCUCCUCCACCUUGAAAAAAGCAGAUUAUAGUAUAUAAGAUAGGAGCUCCUAUCCUGUUGAAAUGAACUAUACCCUGUACCUCUGUGCUCUGUGUCUGUGCAUGAAGGCUCAGUCUUUAGAGGCACUUCCUCUAGUUGCAUUAGUUCUGUCUUUCUGUGGAGUUUGGUUUAAAGACUGGUUCAGCAAGUGGGGUUUUGCUGUAUUUUUCACUUGGCCCAUCGGCCAGCAUUAGUGAAUAUUCAGUUUAGGGGGACAGUUCUAGGGAGUGAGACAUUUCUGGGAGCAGAGGAAAACUCUGCUGAUAUUCAGUCCUGGCAAAAAAUCAGUUAUUUCAAGCUAUGAAGGCAGUAAUCUGUUACUCAGUGAUGGCUCUUGAGGUCUGCACUAUGAAGAAUGAGAAAAGGGAAAAGCAGAAAUUAUCCUUGUGAAAUAUUUGCUGAUCGUGCCCUACCCUUUGCGCCUGACUUUUCCUAGUUGUCCUGGUGCUAACACAGGAGCUACACCUUGAUCCUCUCCUGGCAUGAAAAUAAAACCAUGGUUUUUUUUGUUGUUGUCGUUCCAUUGCCCACGUCCCUCAUGUUGUCUUUCCCUUGGCUGCCGCCUCCUCUGGGUCACACUGCUUCUUAUCCUGAACACUUGACAUCUUGAGGGUAGAAUUUAGUGUUUGGUUUUUACCUCCUAGAAUAUGCUGUUUGGUAUGUGAGGGUUUCAGUACAAAUGCUGCUGUUUAUUUCUGUGCACUUAACAAUGGAACCCAAGCAGAAGAGAAUAAGCCUUGAUACCAAAAUUGGGAGAGAAAUUGUGUCCAUCUGGACCAAACAUUGUAUCUGUUUGUUUGUUUAUUUGUUUUCAUCCCAAUACAUACCCGUGGCACUUAACCAAAAGAUACAGUGAUAUAGCCUUGUACUGUGGGUGGGACAGAUACAGUCUUCUUGACCUAUAAUGAAACCACUAGGAUUUACUUUAUUCAUUUUCUUAAUUUGUUGGUGUAUAAAAGGUAAACUACACUUAGGCUUAACCUGUUUUAAAACUACUGUGGUAGCUGUCUAACUGCUACUUUCACGUUGCUUCCUAGAAAAAAAAAAUUUUAUUCAAAAUAAGUAGGGUCUGCAUUUAGAACAAGAACCGUAUUUGUCCUGACCUUUACUUCAAUCCUACAGAGAAGCGUCUGUCCUUUUAUGUUUGCCAUGGAUGUAACCUAAAAAGUUUUGGCGUAUUUAGGUCAGCCUAAGCAGAACUCUUUUUGGUUUAAAUGGAGUUGCAUAAUGGAGAUUUUGUGUCUGGGAAAUUCCUGAGAUCAUUGAAAAAGUAACAAGCUAUCCCUUGUCUCUGACACACAAAAUUCUUCUAAGCAUUUUCUCAAUCAUUAAAAUGUCCUGCCAGUUGUGAGUGGCUUUUUAAUUAACUUGACUUUCAUUGCACUUCACUCUGCCCCUUUUCAGGGGGAGUGAGAUUGGUAACAUUUGAGGGGACUGUAUCUGUCUAUUUUGUAUGGCUGUUUUGAGGGACUGUCCCAUCAGUGAACAUACUGCAUGGCCUUGGAGAGACUCUGGGCUCAGAUGUAUUCACCAAAUACUCCUUUCAGAGCUCCUGUGGGUGUGACAUGAUGUGGCCAAAAAUCCAAACUGUGCAGUUGCGUUGUGACAAAAAUGCAAUGUGCUGUAAAAACUCGAUACAGUUUAAAUAAAAUCUCUAUAUUAGU